CCAUCGGCUCACCCACAUCCCAUUCCUCUCUAUAUACGUCUGCGGCAUCAACAAAACCCCUCUUCCUCAGCCGCACACCCCGCUUCGCCGCCCCGCCGCCGCUGCCGUCCCCGCCCGCAGCCAAAAUGCCGUUCAAGAGGUUCGUGGAGAUCGGGCGGGUGGCUCUUGUGAACUACGGCAAGGAGUAUGGCCGCCUUGUCGUCAUCGUCGACGUCGUCGACCAGAACAGGGCUCUUGUGGAUGCCCCUGACAUGGUCCGUUGCCAAAUGAACUUCAAGCGGCUUUCCCUGACUGAUAUCAAGAUUGACAUUAAACGUGUCCCAAAGAAGACUACAUUGAUUAAGGCAAUGGAGGAAGCUGAUGUGAAAACCAAGUGGGAGAAUAGCUCAUGGGGCAAGAAGCUGAUUGUGCAGAAGAGGAGAGCAUCGCUCAAUGACUUUGACAGGUUCAAGAUCAUGUUGGCGAAGAUCAAGAGGGGUGGUGCCAUCAGGCAAGAGCUUGCUAAGCUUAAAAAGGUGGCUGCUGCUGCUUAGAUUGCUUUGGUGGUUUUGAUUUUGAUCCUUUAUGCUUCGAUGUCUUGAAAAAUGUAAUGCACGAAUUACUUCCAGUUAGCUUGUCAAGAUGUCAGUUUUGAACUGCCUUGUUUAGAUAUUGUCUAAAAUGCUAUUCUGAAUCUGAGAUAGUGUUAUAUUCUGGUAUCUAUCAAGUGUUGCAUCCUUGUUCCA